GGCCUGUUGCCGGUAGGAUCAGUGGGUCACGCCGGCUGAGGCAGUGAGGGAUCUCCGUUGUCCGCUGAGUUUUUCCAGGACUGAGCAGACAUGGCGGCGGCUUUCCGGAAGGCGGCAAAGUCCCGGCAGCGAGAACACCGAGAGCGAAGCCAGCCCGGCUUUCGAAAACAUCUGGGCCUGCUGGAGAAAAAGAAAGAUUACAAACUUCGUGCCGAUGACUACCAUAAAAAACAAGAAUACCUCAGAGCACUCCGGAAGAAGGCUCUUGAAAAAAACCCGGAUGAAUUCUACUAUAAAAUGACUCGGGUUAAACUCCAGGAUGGAGUUCAUGUUAUUAAGGAAACUAAGGAAGAAGUGACUCCAGAGCAGCUAAAGCUGAUGAGAACUCAGGAUGUCAAAUAUAUAGAAAUGAAAAGGGUUGCAGAAGCUAAGAAAAUCGAAAGACUAAAAUCAGAGCUCCAUCUGCUGGAUUUCCAGGGGAAGCAACAGAAUAAGCAUGUGUUCUUUUUUGACACCAAAAAGGAAGUUGAACAGUUUGAUAUUGCAACUCACCUGCAGACAGCCCCGGAACUAGUUGACAGAGUCUUUAAUAGACCCAGGAUAGAGACCUUGCAGAAGGAAAAAGUGAAAGGAGUUACCCAUCAGACUCGACUUAAGAAGAUAGCUAAGGAAAGGCAAAAGCAAUAUAACUGCCUUACACAGCGGAUUGAUCGAGAGAAGAAAUUGUUCGUUAUUGCACAGAAAAUUCAAACACGCAAAGAUCUUAUGGAUAAAACUCAGAAGGUAAAGGUGAAGAAUGAAACAGUGAAUUCCCCAGCUAUUUACAAAUUUCAGAGUCGUCGAAAACGUUGACAUGUUAUAGAUAAGCCUUAUUAUUCUGCAUUGAAAAGAAAUCUGUUUUUUUCCUAGUAACUUCAAAUUCCAUUAGUCCAAAUGGCAUGGUUUUCCUGUUUGUAACCAUAAUUUAUUGUUGAUCUGACAUUUGAUGUCUUUCUAUGAACAUCAUUAAAGCCUCCUUCCCCUGUGUUACUGUU